UUAACGUUAGCUUUUGUUCGAAAAAACUGGUAUGAAAGAAAGUUACAAAACUUUCAACAUAUCCUUUUGGUAAAUCUCCUAGACAUUUUUAAGAGCAAUUCAGCUGUGAAGUUCUGUGUUGUCCUCGUGCUGACUAAGCAUUGACCAAAUGUUCUUGUGCAAUAAUAAUAUUUUGAGAAAAUGACUGGAAUCGCAGAUAACAACAACCCGCAGCCCGAGUUAGUGCACGAGUUAUGGAAGGGCGUUAAACCAUUGAGGAAGUGGCAAUUGUCCAAAGCUUUUGAGAGGUUUCAGACUUCAGAUGACCCAAUUCUCAUGGACCCUGCAAAGCUUUCGCCAAAUUUUGAAAUCAUGCAUAGCCAACAAAGACCUCUUAACAGGAAAAUCCCUCCAUACUAUCUACCUCAAAUCUCUAAUACCUUCAUCAACCUAUCUCUCCAACCACUUCAUCCUCCUUUACUCCAAAUGCAACCUCCUAACCACUGCUCACCAUGCUUUUAACCAAACCCAUGAACCAAAUGUCUUCUCUUUUAAUGCUCUCAUCGCCGCUUAUGCAAAAGAAUCACUCAUUCAUGUUGCACACCACUUGUUUGAUCAAAUACCCCAACCAGACCUUGUUUCUUUUAACACACUCAUUAAUGCUUACGCGGAUCGUGGGGAUACUUUAUCUGCGUUAAGUUUGUUUGGGGAAAUGAGAGAGAUGGGUCUUGUCAUGGAUGGAUUCACUUUUUCUGGAGUGAUCACUGCUUGCUGCAAUCAUGUUGGUUUGAUUAGACAGUUGCAUUCUCUGGCCUUUUCGUCCGGUUUCGAUUCCUAUGUCUCGGUGAAAAAUUCUCUGCUUACUUAUUAUAGUAAAAAUGGGAUUUUGGAGGAGGCAGAAAUGGUGUUUAAUGGGAUGGGAGAGGAAGUUAGAGAUGAGGUUUCUUGGAACUCUAUGAUUGUGGCAUAUGGGCAGCAUAAAAGGGGGCUUAAAGCUUUAGCAUUGUAUCGAGAUAUGGUUCAUAGGGGUUUUGAAAUUGAUAUGUUUACUCUAGCGAGUGUCUUAACGACUUUUUCAUGUGUGGAGGAUUUGUCUGGGGGGCUUCAGUUCCAUGCUAAGACGAUCAAAACUGGGUUUAAUAAAAAUCGUCACGUAGGAAGCAGUUUGAUUGACAUGUAUGCAAAGUGUGGAGCUGGCAUGUCAGAAUCAAGGAAAGUGUUUGAAGAGAUUUGUGGAUCAGACUUGGUUGUUUGGAAUACAAUGAUUUCUGGAUAUGCACAGAAUAAGGAGCUAUCUGUGGAGGCUCUUGAAUGUUUUAGACAGAUGCAGCGUGCAGGUUAUUGGCCAGAUGAUUGUAGCUUUGUGUGUGCAAUUAGCGCGUGCUCUAAUUUAUCAUCUCCUUCUCAGGGAAAACAGUUCCAUGGAUUGGCAAUGAAAUCUGAGAUCCCUUCAAAUCAAAUUUCAGUAAAUAAUGCACUUGUGACAAUGUAUUCAAAGUGUGGAAACCUUCAAGACGCAAGAAAAUUAUUUCAUAGGAUGCCCCAACAUAACACUGUGACAUUAAAUUCCAUUAUUGCAGGCUAUGCUCAACAUGGAAUUGGAACUGAAUCACUAAACCUUUUCGAACAGAUGCUUGCAGCUAGUAUUGCCCCUACAAGUAUAACCUUGGUUUCUAUCCUUUCUGCUUGUGCACACACCGGAAGAGUUGAGGAGGGCAAGAAGUAUUUUAAUAUGAUGAAAGAUAUAUUUGGGAUCGAACCUGAAGCAGAACAUUAUUCAUGCAUGAUUGAUCUUUUGGGUCGAGCUGGCAAGUUGAGUGAAGCUGAGAGGUUGAUUGACACCAUGCCCUUUAGCCCUGGAUCAGCAGCUUGGGCUGCACUACUUGGUGCUUGUAGGAAAUAUGGAAAUAUGGAGCUAGCUGAGAAGGCAGCAAACCAGUUUUUGCAGCUGGAACCUACAAGUGCUGUACCCUAUGUCAUGCUUGCAAGUAUGUAUUCCGCUGCCAGAAAAUGGGAAGAGGCAGCAAGAAUUAGAAAGCUUAUGCGAGAUAGAGGCAUAAGGAAGAAACCAGGCUGUAGUUGGAUUGAAUUAAACAAAAGGGUGCAUGUGUUUGUGGCUGAAGAUAAUUCGCAUCCAAGGAUAAAGGAAAUUCACAUGUACUUGGAUGAGAUGUUUGUCAAGAUGAAGAGAGCUGGGUAUGUGCCAGAUGUGAGAUGGGCUUUUGUUAAAGACGAUGAAACAGGGGAACAAGAGAAAGAGAUUAUGUUAGCGCAUCAUAGCGAGAAGCUAGCAGUUGCAUUCGGACUUCUUUUUACAAAACACGGGGAGCCUUUACUUGUGGUGAAAAACCUGAGGAUAUGUGGGGAUUGCCACAAUGCAAUCAAAUUUAUGUCGGCUAUUGCUCGUCGAAAAAUUACUGUAAGGGAUGCCUAUAGAUUUCAUUGCUUUGAGGAUGGGCGGUGCUCUUGUGGGGAUUAUUGGUGAAUGAUAGUUGGUUAAACUUUCAGUUCUUUCACUUCAAGGAAGAUCAGCAGCUGGUAAUAUUAACACCCUAGUGGGCACAGCAUCAACUAACAACCUCAACUCAAAAACUCACAACAAUUUUGGAGUUAUGUUAAAGAUACAUAAAUUUUUCAUCAUAUAGGAAUAGAUCAGAUUAGUAAAAAUACAACCAUUUCCUUCAUUGUGUUCAAAGUUUGCAUUAGAAUUGAUUUAGAAUAGUAGAUAACCAAAGAUUCCAAACUCUCCGUUAGAGCUAUUAUUCUCAUGCGGCUUGUAAGCAUUUCAACAGCUCUCUUUAAUUCAUGACAACAGAUUUAGCUGUGUUUCCUACUUGUCUUGUUCUCGUAACUCGUAAGAUAGUGGAGCACUGGGCAGUCGACAGCAGGAAUCUGAAUCCCUUCCACGCACACACCACUUUGCUACUAUUAUGUUAGCAAGAAUGUGUG